AUGAGCCGAUUCAACAAAGCGGCUCUCAAAAUCCGAGACCUAAACCCUGCUGUGGCUCUACAUCAUCUCACAACCGCUCUAAAACCGAGUCCCUUUGCCAACAGCAUCUGCAAAAAACCGCCGACCGAUAUGGAUGACUUGCGGCGACGAGCCGAUAAAUACAUGCAAAUGGAAGAAUUAGCAGAGUUCCGCAAUCAAGCCAGAACGGAGACAGCCGCUAAGCCGGAAAAGCCGACUGAAAACAAUUUUUGGAGCCGUCCGAAAGAAUUAGCAUCCCGCGAGAGGCCCCCUCGUGGCCCAAGGUAUUCACAAUACACACCGCUCAAUACCAGUCGGUCGGCAGUGCUAGAGCAAGCGUUGACCUCGGAGGUCCUGGCCGUCCCGAAACGAGCUUCGACCCCUCCUAGGGCCGAUACAACGAAGUCUUGCAGGUAUCACCGCAAUCGAGGGCAUUCAACAGAAGAAUGUGCGGCCUUGAAGGAUAAGAUUGAAGAUCUGAUCAAACAUGGAUAUUUGCAAGGUUUCGUCGACCGCUCGAACUCAUCCCGAAGCACCCACUGGUCGGACCAACCUUCGUCUGAUAUUUGA